AUGCCUGCCAUCAGCAACUGGAAUCACUCCAUCAACUUCGAUGUGGCCGACGUCGAGACCCCAUCUUCGAUUGAUGAGGUCCAGAAGAUCGUGAAGAAAGCCUACAAUGAGAACAAGCGGGUCACCGUCCUCGGGGCCAUUCACUCGACCACGCAAUGCAUGGUUGGAAGUGACGUUGCCAUUGCCAUGACCAACAUGAACAAGAUCCUUGGGGUUGAUCAGAAAGCGAUGACUAUCACGGUGCAAGCUGGUGCGAUUCUACAUGACGUUUGUGUGUAUUUGAAGAAGCUGGGCCUUCAGACUCCUGUUAUUCUGGAGUUUGGAAACUUCCAGCUCGGUGCCAUGGCCGGCACUCAUGCCAAUGACAGCUCCAUGCAACGAAGCGCACAGUUUGCCGCCCACGUCGCUGCUUAUAAGCUCGUCACCCCUACCGGAGACAUUCUUGUGGCCUCCGCAGCCCAGAAUUCCGAGUAUCUUCCCGCACUGAGAUCUCAUUUUGGCAUGUUGGGUGUUGUCUGCGAGAUCACCGUCAACCUCCUCAAGACCCAACCACUGCACGUCGGCUACCAGAUCAAACAGAUCGAUGGGUUCCUGGACAACUUCGACGAGGAAAUCGUUGCCCUGAAGGCGGUCAAUGACCAAUGCUUUGGUAUGCUCUUUGCCAACACCGGAAAGCUGCUGUGGCAAUGCCGCAAGUUCAUGGCGCCUCUCCCGCCAAACCCGCACACACUCGCAACCUGGCUCGAUCCAGUCGAGAGUCGGGGAAUCUCUCUGUUCCCAGACCUGUUCUUACCCCUAGUCAAGGCGACGACCGCACUCCACCCUCAAUCUAGCGUGGGCAGUCUCGUGAAUUCCGCGCUCGUCGAUCUGCCGCUCAAAAUCAUCGAGCACAGCUCCUACACCAUCGACCCCUGCGACCGCGGCAUAAUCUACUCCCACGACGACCCCACCUUCGAAUUCUACGACUGGGUCUUCCUAGAAGAAGACUGGCCCGCCAUGGUCCGCGCCCUCCUUGCCCUCGCCGACCGCUUCCGGCGCGAGCGCAACUUCCUCCUACCGCUGCCCGUCCUCAUCUACUUCAUGAAGCACGACGAGCAGUCCCUGCUCUCGCGCGCCCGCCGCGGCAACAUGAUGGCCGUCGACCCGGAGUACCCGGACCCGACCGACCCGACGUGGAAGCUGUUCCGGCUCGCCUUCAACGACAUUGCCGUCCAGCACGGCGGCAUCCCGCACGUGAACAAGACGCGCGACGGCGCCAUCCACCACUUUGCGAAGCAGGCUGACCAGGAGGCUCUCAAGGCCUACCUGGACGUCCGCAAGAAGAUGGAUCCGAAGAAUUUGUUCCUGAAUGACUUCUUUAAGGAGAUGUUUAAGGAGUAUCUCUGA